UCGUCGCCGGUGACGUGCGGCAGCGAAAGCUCUUCCCGGUUGUUGUGCGAGGCCCCGCGGCACCGGGCUCCUUCAUUGACCGGAGAAACCUCCACCAGUAAUCAAACAAACAGCAACAACAAUUAUAUAGAUACCACCAGGAAACACCAACUUUGUCGUUGUGUGUAUUUACAGGAGGUUGUCGGUAGAAUUAGCCGCUAACUAGCAGCUAGCGUAAACAUGGAGACAUAUGGCAACUCUCACAAAAAGCAAAAGCUGAGCAACACCGUGGAGAGCUGGGGAAUGCAGCGUGCAACCAAUGUCACCUAUCAAGCUCAUCAUGUGAGCCGGAACAAGCGUGGGCAAGUUGUGGGCACAAGAGGAGGGUUCAGAGGAUGCACUGUUUGGUUGACUGGUUUGUCCGGUGCAGGGAAGACCACAGUGAGCAUGGCUCUGGAGGAGUACCUGGUGUGUCAUGGUAUUCCUUGCUAUAGCCUUGAUGGGGACAACAUCCGUCAAGGGCUUAACAAGAACCUGGGUUUCAGCCCACAGGACCGGGAAGAGAACAUCAGACGCAUUGCUGAGGUGGCCCGGCUUUUUGCUGAUGCUGGGCUGGUCUGCAUUGCCAGCUUCAUCUCUCCCUAUGGCAGGGAUCGACUCAAUGCUAGGAAGAUACAUGAGGCUGCAGGUCUGCCUUUCUUUGAGGUGUUUGUGGACGCUCCUCUGGACGUAUGUGAGCAGAGGGAUGUGAAGGGAUUGUACAAGAGAGCUAGAGCUGGGGAAAUAAGAGGUUUCACUGGAAUUGACUCAGAGUAUGAGAAACCAGAGGCUCCGGAGCUGGUGCUGAAGACAGACUCCUGCAGUGUGAAUGAAUCCAUACAACAACUUAUUGACCUGCUCCAGGAAAGGGAUAUAGUUCCCAUUGAUGCAUCUUAUGAAGUGAAAGAGCUUUACGUUCAGGAGAACAAACUGGACCUGGCUAAGGCUGAUGCAGAGACCCUGCCUGCUGUAGAGAUCAACAAGCUGGACAUGCAGUGGGUGCAGGUGCUGGCUGAAGGCUGGGCCACUCCUCUGAAUGGGUUCAUGAGAGAGAGAGAGUACUUGCAGUGUCUCCAUUUUGACUGCCUGUUGGAUGGUGGUGUCAUCAACCUGUCAGUGCCUGUAGUGCUGCCAGUGUCAACUGCUGAUAAACAGCGUUUAGAUGGUGUGACAGCCAUAGCCCUGGUCUAUGAGGGCAAACGAGUUGCCAUCCUUCGCAACCCCGAGUUUUAUGAACACCUCAAAGAAGAACGCUGUGCUCGCCAGUGGGGCACCACUUGCAAGGACCACCCCUACAUAAAGAUGGUGAUGGAGAGUGGGGACUGGCUGGUAGGCGGAGACCUGCAGGUCCUGGACAGGAUCUAUUGGAAUGAUGGACUCGACCAUUACCGGCUGACACCCACUGAGCUCAAACAGAAGUUUAAAGAAAUGAAUGCAGAUGCUGUAUUUGCAUUUCAGCUCCGCAACCCAGUACACAACGGCCAUGCUCUUUUGAUGCAGGACACCCACAAGCGCCUCAUCGAACGAGGCUAUCGCCGACCCGUGCUGCUGCUCCACCCACUGGGGGGAUGGACUAAGGACGACGAUGUGCCGCUGCCUUGGCGAAUGAAGCAGCAUGCUGCUGUGCUGGAGGAAGGUGUCCUGAAUCCAGACACCACCAUUGUUGCCAUCUUUCCCUCUCCCAUGAUGUAUGCUGGGCCAACCGAGGUUCAGUGGCACUGCAGAGCUCGAAUGGUAGCAGGUGCCAACUUCUACAUAGUGGGCCGCGACCCUGCAGGCAUGCCCCAUCCUGUAACUGGAAAAGACCUUUAUGAACCCACUCAUGGAGCCAAGGUCCUCACCAUGGCCCCAGGCCUCAUUACCCUGGAGAUUGUACCCUUCAAGGUUGCCGCUUACAACAAGGUCAAAAGAGAAAUGGAUUUUUAUGACCCCCAAAACCGUCAAGACUAUGAUUUCAUCUCAGGUACACGCAUGCGCAAGAUGGCUCGCGAGGGAGAGAAUCCUCCCGAUGGCUUCAUGGCAGCCAAGGCCUGGAGUGUCCUGAAAGAAUAUUAUAUGUCACUGGAGAAGGCGUAAAGUUUGAGUAGGUAAAACAUGGGAACACAGUGGUUUCUACUGAUAAAAUGAGCAAUGUGGGGACCAGUCAAAAAAAAAAAACAUGCUCCAGCUUCUGUCACUGAACUGGCUACAGUUGUUUUUAGUCUUAUCACACUUGUGUUUUAACGGUAUAUGCUUUAUUUAGCUGGUCUUUAAAACAUGUCUUCAAAGUUAAUAUUUGUGUUUCUCGCUAACUCUAUGACUGUAUAUGAUCAAUGGUUGUAAAAUGAUGAUGUAAAAAGGUCAAGACUUGACAGGGUCUGUGUGUUGUAGUGGUACUGUUGACCAGUACUGAGUUAGUUUGGAAUGAACGUUGAGUAUUUGAGAAAGUUAUUGCACCUGCUGGAGUUUAUAAAGUUAGCCCCAAAUCACCACUAAACCACAAACAAAUUGCACUGUAUGUUUUGCAAGUGGCAGUGGCAAUUGCUCAGAAUGUGGUGUGCACAAGUAUUUGAUGUAAAAUGUCGAGUGCCUUGGUCUCAAGAAAGUGAAUUCACAUGAUGUCUUGUUUGAAUUAGGACACACAGACAAACACACACCUGCUUCUAGUCUCACUUGUUGCUACGCUGAAAUUGUCCAAUAGCUCAAAAACGACGUGCACAACAGAUCGUCAUUAAAGGUCUUUCUAUCGGCAUAUGUUACACAAACCUUCGUUAAAUUUAAAUGAACACAUUAAACCCUUUCCCCCCGCUUUUAAUCUAUUUAUUCUGUCUUAGCAUUAUAUGUUGUGCAUGCAGGUCCAGUACUUUGAGCUUUUCCCCUCAACGAUUUUAAUAUUGCAUUAUUGUUUUUUCAUCCUAUUUUCUUUUCUCAUUGUUACUAAUGUUUUCCAUGUGGUAGUUCAUUUCUAAGGGUUAGCCUGUAAAAUCAGAUUGUUCAUGGUUACAUCACGGGAUCAGAUUUGUAAAUCUUCCUUAUCCAAUAAACCAUUUUUAGCAAAAAAGAA